AUGCCAAUUUUAUCUCUGAGCAUUGCAAUUUCAACUAGGCUUGGAUAUUCACUUAUCCCCACAAACUCCUUGCUAGCCAGGGCCACGCUGAUCCACAUAUCGAGAUCACGACCUGUAUUACUGAAAAAAACAGAUGCAAAAAUCCAAAUUCGAAAGUACUACAAUUCUUCAAGCCACAGCUACAAGCAGGAAUACGAGAAGCAGAAAUAUGACCAAUUGAUAAGAGAUCAGAUAAUCCAAUCUUCAUUGGCUGGUUCUUCAUUGGGCUCUGGAGGGCAUGGAAUCAAGGACAACAGACGUCUUUCUUUGAAGACAAUCUUUUUGUUAAUAGCCACAUCAAGCUCACUAUCUAUGGUGAUAUACGUUGCCAUCCAGCUUUUGAAAUUCCAAGAUGAAGACGCAAAUCAGCCUGUAUCGAGAAAGAGAAUCUUUCUCCCAUUCUGGGUCAACUCUAAUUUGCUAUACCAAAAGACGUUUUCUUUUCCAGCUGGAUUGAGUUAUCUUGACAAAGAGUAUAAAGCAUACCUUGAGACAGAAAUGGCACAAUUAAACAAGUUCAAGACGAAAUCGGACUACGACAACUACAUUGAGAUCUUUGAAAACGAUAAUAUCCGCUUCAAGGUGUUGGAGCAAGUGUCUUCGAAUUUAAAAGUGAAGCAGGUCUUUGGGUUGCCACUUGUAGUAGAAAAACCGGCAGAUUCGAAGCUCCAAAUUUGGUUAGAGACUAAGUAUCCUAGUGUUUCUGGAUUAGAAAUAACGAUUGAAAAGACUAAAGCUACAGAGCAGUCCAAGAAAUCGACAUCCAUAUCAGCUUCAUGGACAGUGAAGCUGAUCAAUAUCGUGUCUAUAAUCAAUGGAGCAUUAGUACUGAUGGGAUUGAAACUUGAUCGUCUCGAUAAUUCUGAGGCACAACUCAAGACGAGCGAAAGAGGCAGUGGGAAAAUACACGAAGUGCCGGUUGUAGACAGAAAAGACAACCUGAUUGUAAAUAAAAAUCGCGACUACAAUGUGAUAUUCUCUGGCGAACUUAUCAUCAAAGACAAAAACCAGUUUGAGCUGGGUGUGUUGAAGUAUGAGGGAUUGUUUGACUUUGACCAUCUCAUGAUCAACCGAGGAGUGAAGAUCCACAAAAUGGAACUUUAUAUGAGGCACAAGAGCAAUCCAAACGAAUUGGUGAAGUACAAGAUCAUGUAA